UCCGCCAUGAUUUCACACGGCACCCAUUAUUUCGCCAUCGGAGUGCUCCUGGCGGCGUCUGCUGCGGCAGACUGUCUGUCCGGGAGCACUGUCGUAGUCGACAGCCAAACAGCCCUUGCUGCCGCCCUGGCUGACUGCACGACCUUUGGGCGCAAGAUCGAGAUCGAUUCGUCGUUCAGUGGGGCGGCGAGCUUUGCGGGCGUCACGAACCUGUCCGCCGCGAUCUCGACGAAUCUGUCUGUGCCGGGUUUAACAGAGAUUCUCCUGCCGGACGUGGUGCAGGGCUACAACUUCAUUGCCGGGAGCACGCCGCGCCUGCGUAACUUCUCAGCGCCGAGAAUGACUGAUUUUCUAGCUCUCAGGCUAGACACAGAGGAGGCGCUCACUGUUGAUAUCCCUCUUAUCACUGCCAUAGACUCGAUAGACGUCGGGGGGAAGACUCUAUAUUUAAACUUUCCAAUGCUCGAAAACAUCACGGGCAUGCUAUCCCUUGACAAUGAGGUAUCUUCAGCGGAGCCUUUCGCCGUCGAUUUUCCUCUCCUACGCACCGCGACUGAAAUUGUGAUUACAGGAACGGUGUCGAACAUUUACUUGCCACGGCUAAAGUCGGCUUAUUCUGCCACUCAAAUCGGCAACUCAGGCGAUGCCAUUGCUUUGGAUCUUCCGCGUCUGAGUGAAGUGACAGGCGGGCUGGCCAUCGGCGGGAAUUUCAGCAGUAUUUCUCUCCCCUCGCUGGUCGAAACAAAUGCCACGAUCUCGAUCUCUGCUUCGUCGCCGCUGAGCCUCAACUUCACCAGUCUUGUGAAAGCAAAUACUAUUGAGAUUACAGGGAAUGUUACCGAUGUAUACUUCCCCCAGCUUACAUCCGCCAAUCGGAUCUACAUCUCCAGCUCGCUGGACGUCAACUGCACGGGAUACGACCAGGCUGCCGCCCAGAGCAGCUUAAACACAAGCGACGGGAGCUCAGGUUGCUAUGGAAGUAGCACUACUGUGGCCACGCCUGCCGCAGGUCAUUCCGGCCUGGCGGAGAUAGCCAAGAUUGGGGUCGGGGUCGGUGUUGGUCUGGGGGGGUUUAUUAUCCUGGCGGCGGUGGCAUAUUUCUUUUGUUUGAGAGGUCGCAAGUAGUGUUUGAUGUGAAAGGAAGCAGCUGAAAUCCCAAAUUUCAACCCUAGCUGUAUUGAGAGCCUAUUCUCGAAAAUAGAAUUCAAGUAACUGAUACUAGCA